CGGCUCCAAGACCAUCCUCAAGGCCGCCCCACGAACUCACAAAAUUCCACCCGCACAUUCGCUGCCCACAAGGGAGAAACCACCGAACUCGCCCAUGGCAGCUUCGUCUCUUCUCUCUCUCGUCUUUGUCUUCUCUCUUUCAUUCUCAGCUUCAUCUUCAUCCUCUGUAGCUCCCAAUCCCGAAACCACCAUCCUCACCAUUCCUCUCUCACCCUUCUCCUCCAAAAAUGCAUCCUCAGAUCCGAUCAAGACCCUCAAUUCCCUCGCCUAUGCUUCUCUAAGCAGAGCUCUCCAUCUCAAGCGCCUGAAAUCCGAUACUCCCCUUGCCAAAACCCACAUAUUACCUCACAGCUACGGAGACUACUCCAUCUCCCUCAGCUUUGGCACACCUCCGCAAACCAUACCUUUCAUUUUGGACACUGGCAGUAGCCUCGUCUGGUUCCCCUGCACCUCCCGCUAUCUCUGCUCCAAUUGCGACUUCCCUAACCUAUACCCAGGAAAAAUCCCAAAAUUCAUUCCAAGACUAUCAUCUUCUUCGAAGAUUCUGGGUUGCAAGAACCCCAAAUGUACCUGGAUUGCUGGCUCGGAUGUCCAGUCUCGGUGCCAAGACUGCAAUCCAGCUUCACAGAAUUGCUCGCAGGGUUGCCCUCCGUACAUGUUGCAAUACGGUUCAGGGUUAACCGCCGGAUUAUUGCUCUCCGAGACCCUGGAUUUCUCCAAGAAAACUUUCCCCGAUUUUAUUGUCGGGUGCUCCAUUUUCUCGACCCGUCAACCUGCCGGCAUUGCCGGGUUUGGUCGCGGUCCCGAAUCUUUGCCUUCACAAUUGGGUGUCAGCAAAUUCUCCUACUGUCUACUGUCCCGCCGUUUCGACGAUACCAGGGAGAGCAGUGACCUUGUUUUGUACAGUGGGUCCAGUUCCGCCAAGACCCCAGGCCUUAGCUACACGCCGUUCCGAAAAAAUCCCGUUACCAAUAACACUGCAUACCGCGAAUACUAUUACGUAACCCUUCGUAAAGUCAUGGUGGGAGAUAAGACCGCAAAGAUCCCGUAUAAAUAUUUGGUGCCCGGGGCUGACGGUCACGGUGGGACCAUAGUGGACUCUGGGUCGACCUUCACCUUCAUGGAAAGGCCGGCCUUCGAAGCCGUGGCGAAAGAGUUUGAGAUUCAGAUGGCUAACUAUUCUAGAGCUGUUGACAUUGAAGCUAGGUCCGGUCUAAAGCCGUGUUUCAAUAUUUUCAAUCAGAAAAAGGUCAACAUUCCGGAAUUAACCUUCCGAUUUAAAGGUGGUGCAAAGUUGGCCUUGCCCGUUGUGAAUUAUUUUGCGUUUGCCGGUAAUUUUAGUGUCGUGUGCCUGACCAUUAUCACCGACAAUUCUUCCGGUUUGGGCUCGACGGGUGGGCCGGCCAUAAUAUUUGGUAAUUUCCAGCAGCAGAAUUUCUACGUGGAAUACGACUUGGAAAACGAAAGGCUUGGCUUCCGGCCACAAAAUUGCAAGAAUUGAGCUUGGCGUCGAAGGUAGGACAAUAAGAACAGUGACAAAAGGACUUGAAUUAAUUAUUGGAUGUGGGGCACGUUCAGUGCGUACGUACACGAUGCGGUGAAGACUUGAAGUGAAGAUGCAUGGUGGGUGGCGGCGGCGACAUUACGGUGAAGCGUAAAAGCUCGUGGCCGGAGUACUCGGAAUUGAUGGUGGAUGGCGCGCGGUGAAAUCAAGACUUCACCGAUUUUAUCUUCUUACAAUUUAUCGUCUAAAUAGUACUAGAAUAAUUUAAACAGUAGAAGGCUAUCAUCGCGAUAAUUGAAAUAAUAAUUCUGUUUUCAAAAUUAUGGCAUGUUUUAAAGCUGUUGUGAAAUUUAGAUAUAAAGAUUAAACAAUGUCGAGUAGAUCAUCA